GUGGUUUGGCUGUGCUUGACCAGCAGCACGGCCUCACCUGUCCACCUCAAUUUGCAGGCCCCGGACCGAGGGUCUGCCGGGCUCCAGGAGGGCCAGGUAAGCAUCCUACGCCCUGGCCCCCGCCCGGUGCCCUGGCAUGCCAGGUGUCGCCUGUGGCCACACAGCACCCCUCUCUCUUGCAGACCCUGAGCUCCAGGACAUGGCGCUCCAGCGCGCCGUCCUCCUGGCCAGCCUCCUGGCGGAAGUUGCCGGUAGAUCCUCAGGAAGCGCGGGCCAGCAGCCCAAGUGUUGUGUGGACGUGGUGGACACCAACGCCACCUGCCCAGGCACUAGCCUGUGUGGCCCAGGCUGUUACGGGCACCGGGCCGAGGACGGGACCGUCCGCUGCAUCCGCUGCAGGAACGGAACCCACGACAGCUCCGAGUGCAGAGGCUCCGCUGCCCGGGGCGCACGCUUGCCCGCGAACAGGAACGCAGGGAUGCCGGGGCGGCCGAGCUUGGGGGGCCCCCAGGUGGCAGCCUCCCUCUUCCUGGGGACGUUUCUCAUCAGCUCGGGCCUCAUCCUCUCCGUGGCCGCGUUCUUCUACCUCAAGCGUGCCAGUAGGCUGCCUGACGUCUUCUAUGGAAGAGACAAAGCCCCCGGCCUGCAGCCUGGCGAAGCUGCCGCGAUGAUUCCCCCACCUCCGUCCUCAGUGCGGAAGCCGCGCUACGUCCGGCGCGAGCGGCCCUCGGACGGGGACGUGGGCCCUGCUGCCGUCUCCUCCGUGGAGGCCCGGGUGAGCAACGUCUGACCCUGCGGCCCGUCCACAGCCCGCGUGCUGCCGAGGGGGCCCACACGAAGGCUGGGCGCUGCCCGGCGAGGCCUCAGGACGGGCCUGCACGCGGCCCUGGCUCGUCCCCCUCCAGCCACAGAUGUGGAGUGAGAGCCGCCGGCCUCAGCUUUCCUCACCGCACACAGCCGCUCAGCGUGACUGACCCGGGGCGGCGCUCCAGCCUCUGUCCCUGAGCCCGGCUGGGGAGCCAGGCUGCGUGGGGUCCAGGCUCCUCGGGAGAGACAGCCUGCAGGACCCGGGUGCCCUCGCCUUGGAGCCCACGGUGACCCCCUGCACCCCCUCUGAGAGCAGUGAAGCCGAGGCCUUCGGGGGGUCCGGCCGCAUCCACACACGGGCAGUUUGGGGCCUGCAAACUGGCUCUCGGGCUCAGGCCCCCGCAGGGCUGUCCUGCACGGCCACGGCUGCCCGUUUCCAGGCGCUGCAGGAGUGAGUCGUCUGGUCUCCUGCUGACUCUUACCUGUGUUUAAGCAGGAAGCAUUUUGUAUAGAAGUCCAAGAGGCACGCUGUCCUCAUCUGCACCCCGCCUGGGCCCCGGGCACCGCAGGUCCUCAUCCACCUUGGGACGGACACUGGCCUGAAGCUGCUGGAGGUCAAGG